AUGGCUUAUUCCCAUCCAAUUCAUGAAGCAAACAAAAACAGCCCUUAUGGAGAUCUCACAAGAGAAGAAUUCCAUAAAAAGCAUCAAAUACUUCACAAACAAAGCUUCAUGUUCAACGAUGAUUACAUGAAGAUUUUCACUCAGUCAUGGCAGCCUUCAGAUUCAACUUCAAAACUCAAGGGGAUUGUGGCAAUGAUCCACGGUUACUGCUUCGAAAGCAGCUGGCUGUUUGAGCUAAACGCGGCAGCCAUAGCAAAAUCAGGCUACUUUGUUUGUGCUCUUGAUCUUCCUGGCCAUGGUUACUCGGAAGGUAAACCCGGGAUAGUCUCUGAUUUCCAAUCCCUAGUCUCAGAUUCAAUCCUAUUCUUUGAUUCGGUUCGAAAAGAGCACCCGAAACUGCCUGCAUUUCUUUAUGGUGAAUCAAUGGGAGGUUCAAUCUCUAUCUUCAUUUGCUCAAGGCAAAAAAAUGUAUGGAAUGGACUCAUUUUAUGUGGUCCGAUGUGUGGUGUUUUGCGAAAUAUGUUGCCAAUCUGGCCGAUGGAGAAAGUACUACUUCCUGUGGCCUCUUGCAUUGCACCAACGUGGAAGAUAAGUAGCACAAAAUCACUAGCAACGGAAAUUAUCAAAGUGGGAUGGAAGAAGAAGUUGGCGGCGAAGACCCCGAAUCCAGCAACAAAAGCGAUGAUUCCACUUCCGGCAAUAACCUCGCAAGCGAUCAUGAAAUCAGUUGCUUGCAUUCAAAAAAGAUGCCACGAGUUAGUGGUGCCUUUGCUGGUUUUGCAUGGUGGAGAUGAUAGGAUCUGUGAUCCUCAAUCGUCAAAAUUUGUACUUGAAUCAGCUGCCAGUAAGGAUAAGUCUUUGAAGAUUUUUCCAGGGAUGUGGCAUGGAUUAAUGGGGGAACCAAAUGAAAGUGUUGAACUAGUUUUUGAGAUGAUCAUUUCUUGGAUUGAGAUGAGAGCUAAGAUGGUGGAAAUGAAUCACAUGUUGCGCUCUUCUCUUUAG